AAUUUCAGGGUAUAAAGAGGUGCAGGAGGAAGAAAAGAGCCAAAUGGUUGGUAACGUUUUCACCAGUGUUGCCUCAAACUAUGACCUAAUGAAUGACUUGAUGAGUGGUGGAUUACAUAGAUUAUGGAAGGACAGAUUGGUUUCCAAGUUGAAUCCUUUCCCUGGAAUGAAGCAUCUUGAUGUGGCUGGUGGUACAGGGGAUGUUGCUUUUAGGAUUCUAGAAAGUAUAAACAGUGUUAAACGUAGAGCUUUGCAAGAUUCUCCUGAAGAUAAUUUGCUGGAGGAAACUCAGAUUUUUGUGUGCGACAUCAACCCAAACAUGUUAAAUGUUGGUAAGAAGCGGGCACAAGAGAGAGGUCUUGCUGAGGAUAGAGCUCUUGUCUGGGUAGAAGGAGAUGCAGAAGCUUUGAAUUUUGAAGACAAUUCAAUGGAUGGUUACACAAUUGCCUUUGGGAUCAGAAAUGUUACGCAUAUUGAAAAAGCUCUUGCAGAAGCUUAUAGGGUGCUUAAACGAGGGGGAAGAUUUCUUUGCCUUGAACUGAGCCAUGUUGAAGUUCCAAUUUUCAAGGAACUGUAUGAUCUGUACUCUUUUUCAGUCAUUCCAGCAGUAGGAGAGCUAGUUGCUGGUGAUCGGGAGUCAUAUCAGUAUUUGGUGGAAAGCAUUCGUCGUUUUCCACCUCAGGAGAAAUUUGCUGCUAUGAUUGCAGACGCUGGAUUUCAGAAGGUAGAGUAUGAGAAUCUCGUAGGAGGGGUGGUUGCCAUCCAUUCUGGGUUAAAGUUCUAAUGCUAAUCCGUGCGUCAAGGCUAUAUUUUCAUCUUUUUAUGGAAGAGUGAGGCGGGAGAAAUGUUGUAGGGUAUCAGUUGGAUGUGGUGCAAAAUAGGUUUUACCAGAGAUUCCGUUUAUGCUAUACAUCUCUUCUGUCUCAAUUGUGAGUUCUCAGAUGUACAGCAUUUGCUCGGUACAGAGUUUUGCUCUCAACGGGCUAGGCUGUUGCAUUCUCUGAUCUUCAUCUUUUAGGUAAAAAUUCUACAAUUUUGAUGCUCAUUUUUUCAAGAGAAGGCUCGUUAAUAUGCAGUUGUACCUAAUUUUGCUGGAUAAAUGAUCUCAAGCAGCUUAUUACGUGAUUCCUUCUGGGUUGGAUCA